GAUAAGCGAACGAUGCUGAGCUCGAAUUCAGUGCAUUAUUUGCAGUCAAACAAAGCGCGAGCGAAGUGAAACGCUUUCCAUAACUCAUAUUAUUAUGAACUGGUGUGUAUAUAUUUUACUUGGAAUUUUCAUCUUGAAAGAGGGCGAUACUUCCCCGGUUUACGAUGCCACCGGGCGCUUCAACCUCAGUGCCAGUUGUCCGGAUUCCUUCUGCAAGUUGAGUGAUCGACCGGUGGCCUACUCGGAGACUCCGGCACUGGGACUCCGGGAACUGCACCUGACGAACUGCAGCCGGCAAUCGGUGACCUGGUUAGUCCUGAACCUCACUCCUGGACUGCGGACACUGGUCAUCCGGAACUGCGCCACCUACCACAUCAGUAAGGAGAGUCUCCGUCCGGUGGGAAAUCUCACCUCGCUGCAAAUGCAGGGAACCAGUCUCGGAGUUCUACGGGAUGAGAUCUUCACUGCGGUGCCCCGCUUGGAGAUUCUGGAACUGGGACAGAGCACCAUUCACACGGUGCACACAGGUGCCUUCAAGGGGUUGUCCAAGCUAAGAUUGCUGGGCCUUCAGGGCAAUGGAAUCCAAGAGAUCAUCACCAGCACUUUCGAUCCCCUGGUGGAGCUGGUGCACCUGGACUUGAGCAGCAAUCAGAUGGUCAACCUGCCACACGGGCUCUUUUUCAAGAACAGGAAUCUGCAAACCCUUCUCCUGAAUGGCAACCAACUCAGGACACUGCAGCCGGAAACACUGAGAUCGCUGCCCAAUCUCCGACUGCUCGACUUGGGCCACGUUGGUCAGCUGGAGAACCUGAUGCUGGAGCUGCACAACAUCGAGAGCUUGACCUUGGAGGGCAGCAGCCUAACCAGCUUGGUUAUCAGCGGAGGAUUUAUCAAACUGCAGGCCGGCAACAACGAGCUGAGUCAUCUGCAAGUGGACAACAAAAGUUCUGUCGUCGAGUUGGAUUUGCAUGGCAAUCUGCUGAGUGGAAACGAAACCGCAGGGUUCCUUAGGGGAAUGUGGAAUCUGCAGAGGCUGGAUCUAUCCAAAAAUUUAAUUGAGUCACUGCCGCUACAUGACAGUGGUUCGGAGGAUGCGGACUCCCAGGAGCUGUUCCUCCUGCCCAGCUUGAAGUACCUGAAUUUGGCCAACAACCGAUUGGUUCACUUGCCUUCCGAUUCGCCAAUCCUCUCUUCGCGUCUUGGUUACUUGGACUUGUCUCAUAACUCAAUGCUUACUCUAGAGGUUGAAGUACUGCGAGAUCUCCCCGUUCUGGAGAGUCUCUUCAUCGAGGGAAACCGCCUGAACACCUUCGACUACGAACUCUUCCACAAGCAGCACGAGGAUCUCACGGAGCUGGGAUUGCAUGACAAUGCCUGGGCACCGGGAGUGUAUCGCAGGAUGUUUGUCUACCUCAGUGACCGAGGAGUGCACCUGCAGGCGAGGCCAGAGAAAGGGGUUCCAAGGAUAAACAGCAGCCAGGUGGACAUCGAAUGGCCACCGAGUGGCGGUCAACCGGAGGCCCAGAAGUGGGAUCAAGCGGGAGUCAGUGGGAUUCAUCCGUAUUGGACCCUCAGGGACAUCCUGGCCUUCGUUACCCUGCUGGUGGUGCUGGCCAUCCUGCUGAUGAACCUCUAUCACAUCCUGGAGGAGGAGGGCUGUCUGCGGAGGUUUCGUCGCUGGAGGAGAACCCAUGUCCUUGGCGGAGGCAACCUGACCAACCGAAGCAGCGGACGCCGGCUCGACGAGCAGGACUCCGAACACACAUCCAGCGAAUAGACGGGACAACAAGCUGCUCCGCUGGCCAAAUAAACGCCAAUUUGAUGUCAAUUUAGCGCUUGUGUUUUCUACUCUCCUGGCGUGUUGUGGAUAUAUCGUUUGUGUCGCUCCUUACUUACUUGUUUGCAGCUAUCAGGUGCUACCCUCUAAUAAUCAGAGCGAUGGAAGCAUGCUAUUGCUUGAUAAAAUCUGUGAAAACAAUAACACCUUGUUACUAAAAUAUAUGUAUAUUCAUUAAACAUUAGAACAAAUUAUCCUAAAAAAAUGUAUGAAUGUAGUUUAAACUUGAUUUAAACCAAUAAAACUAAGAUGUGAGUUAGUUAA